AUGGAGGCGGUUCUGAAAAGUGGGCGGUUGUCAGGCGCAGGGCAGCUCGUACUGCUGCAGGGCUACAGUCAGCAGCGAUUGAGGGGUGUGGAAGAUCCGUCAAAACACGUGAAAAGCAAGGUCUGCGCAGCUGCUGGUGGCCCGUCUGUCCAGAAGCUGCUAGCGGAAAGCCUGAGAAUGGCGGAAGGAAAUGUUAAGGUGUCCCUCGAAAUGGCGCAGGAUGCUGCGAGCAGGGCAUCCGAGGCAGAGAAGAAGUAUGCGGAGGCGAACGCGCAGCUGAAGGUUAGCGAGAGCAGCAGGAGGGAAGUUAUCAACCUGCUCUUGGACAAGCAGGGCCGCAAGGACAUUCGAAGCGCCAUUGAAGUGGCGAGCGAGGUGCCUGCACUCACCAACGUCACCAUGUUCAAGGGUGUCCGGGGGCCCCCCGCUGUGAUCGACACGCUUCUCAAGGACGCGACGGACAGCCUCGGUUUCAUGAGCCGGAUCACCAAUGUCUGCUCACAAGCUGCCCUGCGGCCUCAGGACAUACACGACAAUCUGCGGGACAUCUACCACCGAUUUGCCUCCGGGAUGCACGGGCAAGAGUGGCCCGUUGUGGUCAUCAACUCCGCUCACAUCUCGGAGACCAACCUCCGAGCGGCGCUGGCUAUCUUGUUCGAUUUCGCGGGCAUCAAAUACGUGUAUGUGGACAAGGGCACCGUCGUGCAUUGCCCUUACAAGCUUCCGGGGGAUCCCCUCGUGACCACUGAUCUCGGGAUGACGCUUGAGGAGAUACAACUCUACCUCCAAGACUAUCAAAGCGCGACCUUGACCCGAGACCUAACAGUCUAG